AUGUAUCAGGGCAUAAUGACCACCAACCACGGACCCCCUUCUUAUGAAGCCGGAUUUCUACACAACGCCUCGGCAGGCACCUCUCCGGUUUAUGUGCCCACCACCCGGGUCGUCACCCCCAUGAUCCCGGCGCUUCCUUACCUGCAGACGCCCGGUGCGUCGCAGCAGAGCAGCCCCGUGUCGAGCCACUCGGCCUGGGCACAACCGUGCGCAGACUCGGUGUCCUCAUACAACCACUCCCCGGUGUCUCACUCUCCGCGCUUCGCCUUCUCCACCAGCCCGCCUAUGUCCUCCGGGGUGGCCACGGCCCGGGACACAGCUGUCUCUUAUAGCAGCCCCCUAAACAUCUCUGCCAACGGGAGGGAGCACUAUGGCGCCCGGGGCCUCAGCGGGUCGUAUCACAGCCCGUACCCGGCUUACAUGAGCCCGAACGUGGGUGGAACGUGGCCGGCGUCCCCCUUUGAUAGCUCGGUCCUCCACGGUCUCCAAACCGGUGCUCCUCAUUGCACAACACGGCACCCAAACAUAGACCUGUUUGAUGACUUUGCUGAGGGGCGAGAGUGUGUGAACUGCGGGGCGAUGUCGACCCCCCUCUGGAGGCGGGAUGGCACCGGCCACUACCUGUGCAAUGCAUGCGGACUGUACCAUAAGAUGAACGGCAUCAACAGACCUCUCAUCAAACCUCAAAGACGGCUGUCUGCCUCGAGGAGGGUGGGCCUGUCCUGCACCAACUGUCACACCACCACCACCACACUGUGGCGACGAAACGCAGAGGGAGAGCCGGUCUGCAACGCCUGUGGCCUCUACAUGAAACUCCAUGGGGUAGCAAGACCCCUGGCUAUGAAGAAAGAGGGGAUCCAGACCCGCAAACGCAAACCUAAGAGCCUCAACAAGCCCCAAACUGGGACCCCAGGCAGCGAGGGGUCUCCCAUCACAACCAGCAGCACUCCCCGGGCCUCCAGCACCACUGAGGAGCCUCGGCAGAUAAAGACGGAGCCGGAAACCCACAGCUUGUACUCACACCACGGCUCACACGCACAGAUUUCAGCCCUGCCAGCCUACAUGACAGCUCAAAGUGGGGCCACUCCUCUCAAGAUGUCCCCUGGGGGCCACGGUGGGUCUUCUGUCUCCAAAGCUGAGCCCUGGAACAACCUAAUCCUGGCUUAGAAGAACCACAACCUGGCACGCAUCUCAAACCAAUCUAUCUAGCGAUUAAACUCUUCUGAGGGAUCAGAGCGCUCUGUAUGCAGAUGUUUGUGCAGCAGACACACCGCACAAGUCACUGGGACAAACAUGUGGGCGCCAAAAAAGAAAUGGAGAUCUUAAACAGAACUGCUCAGAUACUGUAUGUUUACUCACAGCAAUCGAGGGACUUUUUGGAGUUUGUUAAAGAGCAGCGCCGCGAUCAGACACACAAAACUCUUGAACUCUAAGAACUGUAAC